AUGCACGCACACACGCAUGCAUACACACACAUCUGGUGUCCAUUGCACUCUGCUGCAUUCAGCUUAUGUGCCACGCUCUUUGUUCUUUGCAGGUACAGUUUGAUCUUGCUGGCACUUGUGGAUCACAGAUACCGCUUCAGGUAUAUCAACGUUGGAGCACCUGGACGCUGCCAUGACUCGCACGUGUUUGGGUAUUCGCAGCUGUCCAAUGCCACUGAGUGUCCUCUUUUUAAAGCUCCACUUGCCACCAUAGUCGGGACAGCAGUACCACCACUAAUUUUGUGUGACCAAGCGUUUUCAUUGGCACCCAGCCUGAUGAAGCCGUAUGGACACCGCGGGAACAUAAGGGAAAGUGAAAGAAAGUUCAACUAUCAUUUAAGUUCAGCAAGGAGGAUUGUUGAGAACGCAUUUGGAAGGCUUAAGGCCAGGUUCUGCUUCUCUGCAAAGAGGAUGGAGUGCCAUGUAGACAAUGCUCGCUUGGUAAUACGGGCAUGCUGUGUGCUAAACAACAUAUGUGAGCACAUCAAUGACAAUGCCCACCCGCAGUGGCUAAAUGAGGUGCAGCUGUCAGACGUUGACUUCCCACAGCCGUCAUGCACAACAGAAGCCCAACUUGGAAACGCAGCAGACAUAAGGGCCGCGCUUGUGGACUACUAUAGUCAAGUAAACUAAAACGAGCCAAUCACAAGAAUCGCUGGAACGAGUACAGGAAGUUGCAUCACUAUUUAUUAUAAAAUGCCACCAUUGCAUCCACAAGCUUCUCCUGCAACUUCAG